GAUGGGAGAUGGGUGCCUGGAGGCACGGCGGUCGGCGUUCAUCAGCUUUCCGCUGGUCAGUCGGAGCAAAAUUGGACUGACCCUAGGAAUUUCAUCCCAGAACGUUGGUUAGACAACAGCAAUGACUUUUCUUUUGCCAAUGACGAUAAGUCUGCAAGUCAGCCUUUUUCUUAUGGCCCUAGGAACUGUAUAGGCAAGAGCAUGGCCUAUGCAGAACUACGCAUCAUCUUGGCCAAGUUAGUUUGGAACUUCGAUCUUGAGUUGAUGGACGAGUCAAAGGAAUGGACGUCGAGACAAAGGAUAUACAUCAUCUGGCAGAAGGUGCCUUUACUGGUCCGGUGUAAGGACAGACACUAGCAAUCACUGUUCGUAACUCGGCUUAAGACAAAUAAAAGAGGAAAAGGAGCGAGAAGAUUUGCCAGUCA